AACAGGGGUCCAUCUCAUGAGGAUGAUCAUAUUUUGGGGGUCCUUGGCAUAGAAAAAAUUGAAAACCUACAAAUAUACAGAUAUGACAUGAUUAUUUCUCCUGCAAGUGUAAAUUUCUUAAAUCAAGUGAUUUCACUGUAUUUGCAGGAUGGGUACGUUAAGGAGUUGGACAGAGAAGAAUGCCGAACCAAUUCUAACCCAGAAUUCAAUGUACCUACAAAAAAGUCAAUAAUGUAUCACUACAUUUAAAGUAGGUAUUAAUAAUUUUCCUGCUGUUACAACUCAUGAAGCUGCAAUUAAUUGCAGUAUAUUUUCAGCAUAUUGUAAUCAGAAUGAAUAGCAAUAAAUGUGCAUAUGCAGUCGCACCUGUCUUAUGAAUCUAUGUGGACUUCAGUUAUCUUCUCUUUCACUUGGGCAUGAUCCAGGCCUCACGGAGGCUUCCAUUUUGAGAGUCUAACUUUAUUUGCUGCACUCUCUGGCCACUGCCCUACACGAUUACUUCAGUCUCUAUAUCCAGUUAGGAGUUUUUCGAUUAGCCCGUGCUAAAAGCUGUGGAUUUGAUUUCAAACUCUUUUUAUUAGGUUUACCUAAUGAGGACAGUUAGACCACAGAGCAGAUACACUCUCCUGGAUCUCCAGUAAAUAAUAUUACAUCUGUCUGCUCAGGAAGCCAGAGAAACUCAAAAUGUUAUUCACACUGCUCUGCUGUCAAAAUAACAUGGGUCUGAAGCCUCACAAUCCAUUCUUCAUCCAAUACAAUGGCCUAAUGCAAGGUAUACAAGACAGGUGAAGACAAUAAACAUCUUGCGUAAACAAAAACAAUCCUCAAUCCCCCAGUUUCAACAUUUAAAAAAAAAAAAAAAACUGAAAUUAGAGUAUCUUUUAUUACUUUGGUUGUCAUUUUAUCCCGCUAUAUAAAAAAUAUUUAUUUCCAAAAUAUUCAUGUCUAAAUCCCAUACAUAAAUGUAUAUUGUACUGUGGGUGCUUCAAAAUGACUUUUUUGUAUUUGUUUCUAUAGCUCUGUUGCCAUUGUCAUCUAUAUGCCUCAUGUAAUUUUAUUUUUUGACUAUUUGAUUCUGUAACCAAAUGAUGAUGCAGGCUCAGUCAAAAUCAGUAAACGGUAUGAAGGUUCUGCUGGAAAAUUAAUCUUUGUUUAACUUGUCACAAUCAUUACUGUCAGUUCUACUUGAUAAGUUAUCAUAGCUUUCUUCAUCAAUAAUUAAAUUCAAAGUUAUCACUGCAGUUUAUAAUUUGAGACCACCAUGAAUGCUGUUUUAGUGUGUUUGGCUAUUUACAGUACACUGGUUUCUAUAGUUAUAUAAGGUGAUCAUUAGCUGGUUUUAGAAUUGUGGGCUAACUAUCUGAUUGACCAUCUACUAUGAUCAUAUAUUUAUUACAUUAAGUAUGAACAGUACCUGGUUUGUUACUGGCUCAACAAGUUCUAUAGCUUUAAUUCCAGCUGAGGGAAAAUAAGAAAGUAUUAAAUUUACAAAAUUUUAUAUAUAUUUAUAUUUUUAUAUAUGGUAUUUCUGAAACAACUGUAAUAUGUCCAUUAAAAGUACACAUUGACCAUACGUUUAUUUCCUCUUCUUCAUAAUAUUGUCGUUAUUACGUUGACAAAUAGAGCAAUAUUUCUUGAGGACUCAAGCGCGCUCUUGGAAAAGUCUAUAUUUGAGUGAUAGCAGUGCUGGGCGCGCGGGAUGUCAGGGGUGAGUGAUGGUGUCGCGCGCAUCUCCCGCGUGUAAUCUCAUUCGAUCACAGCUCUCGCGCUCAGGUGGGGGACUCUUGGUUAAUCCUGAAGCUCUUACUCCCACCAGCAGGGAAAUCAACCACAGCAGCAUGCUGCGGUCCCCCGCACAGACUCUUUUGACCGCACGUCGAGCAUAAUACAAAAAACUAUUCUUACUACUUUUUACAUUUAAAAAAACUCACAAAAGCCAUUUCCUACGUAGUCUGUUAGUACUUCUGCAUUUUGCCAAGCCACCGGACCACCGAACCACCGAAGAUGCCCCACCAAGAGCAAGUGAUCGCUCACGGGAACCUCUGCGCCCCGGGUCCUCCAAACAACGCCGGGUACAACAGCAACCCGGGGCCCGUCAUCAUUCAGACAGAAUCCCGCGAUAAAUGGAGCAAAAAAAUGGAUUUUCUUUUAUCAGUUAUUGGGUUUGCGGUAGACCUCGGUAACGUUUGGAGAUUUCCAUAUAUCUGUUAUCAAAACGGCGGCGGUGCAUUUCUUAUUCCUUAUGUCCUGAUGGCUGUAUUCGGCGGGGUGCCACUUUUCUACAUGGAGUUAGCUCUGGGACAGUUUCACAGAACAGGUGCCAUAUCCAUAUGGAAACAUAUUUGCCCUAUUUUUAAAGGUAUUGGUUUCGCCAUCUGCAUCAUUGCACUGUAUGUGUCCUUCUACUAUAACACCAUCAUCGCCUGGGCUCUGUUCUACUUCUACUCCUCGUUCAGCAGCACUCUGCCCUGGACCAGUUGUGAUAAUGAAUGGAACACAGAAAACUGCACUAACUACUUUGGGAAAGAUAACGUAACCUGGACAAACUAUUCACGCUCACCUGCCGAGGAGUUUUACACGAGGAAUGUCUUGGCAGUUCAUGAAUCAUCUGGGCUUGGGAACGUGGGAUACAUUCGCUGGCAGCUCAUGCUCUGCCUCUUCCUCAUCUUCACCAUUGUCUACUUCAGCCUGUGGAAAGGAGUCAAGACUUCAGGAAAGGUAGUGUGGGUGACCGCCACCCUGCCGUACGUAGUGCUGUUGAUUCUUAUGAUCCGUGGUGCCACUUUGCCAGGAGCGUGGAAAGGAGUGGUGUUCUACCUCAAUCCCAAAUGGGAAAAACUGCAGGAGACCAGCGUAUGGGUAGAUGCAGCUGCACAGAUCUUCUUCUCUCUUGGUCCUGGUUUUGGCGUUCUGCUUGCCCUGUCCAGCUACAAUCCCUUCAACAAUAACUGCUACAGAGAUGCUAUUGUAACCAGUCUGGUGAAUUGCCUGACAAGUUUUGUGUCAGGGUUUGUUAUUUUCACUGUCCUGGGAUAUAUGGCUGAACAGAGAAAUGUAAACGUUGAGGACGUAGCCAAGGACAAAGGACCGAGUCUGCUCUUCAUCACAUAUCCAGAAGCAAUUGCAAACAUGGUUGGGUCGACUUUCUUUGCCAUCAUCUUCUUUGUAAUGAUGAUUACUCUUGGAUUGGACAGCACUUUCGGUGGGCUCGAGGCCAUAAUCACAGCUGUAAUGGACGAGUACCCAGAUGUCCUGUCCCAUCGGAGAGAGCUGUUUGUUCUUGCACUGGUGGUUGUUUGCUUUCUGGGCUCUCUCAGCACCCUUACUAAAGGUGGUGCAUAUGUGGUUAAGUUACUAGAAGAAUUUGGAGUUGGUUCUUCAAUUAUAGCUGUAGUAUUUCUGGAGGCCACAGCAGUAUCCUGGUUUUAUGGUAUUAACAGAUUCAGCAAUGAUAUCAAGUCAAUGUUGGGAUAUACUCCAGGAUUGUUCUGGAAAGUUUGCUGGGUUGCCAUCAGCCCUGCAUUUCUUGCUUACAUUAUUAUCAGCUCACUGUUGAACCCUCAACCCCUCACGCUAUUCGACUACAAGUUCCCAGACUGGAGCAUCACGGUUGGUUUUGUCAUUGGAGCUUCCUCCUUCAUAUGGAUCCCCAUAUACAUGGUGUACAAGCUUGUGUGGACCCCAGGCUCUCUUAAACAGGUGAGACAUGCAUGCGAGUCAUUACAGCUACUCCACUUGGUAGAUUCCCCCUUGAAAAACAUCCUUAUAGAUCUCAGGAGGAGUCUACUAAAUUGUAAAAAUGCGUACAGUUGUUCACACAUUGUUUUCAAUCCGAUUUCAGCGCCUUGCUGUAUGUCUGCGACCGGAGAGAACACUGCCAGAUAUCCACGCUGACAGUAUGGGGUUAAGUCCGGUACCAUAGACCGCUGAGAGAAAAACGCAAC